UACUUCUAUGAUAAUGUACUCUACGAUGGCGACCUUGCCUGUUGUAUCUUGAAAGACCUGCUUGUAAUGAUUAUGACUUCACGCUGCGCAAUGACAAGAACUAUAGAGUCGAAGUAGCGCCAUUAGUUACUACUUCCAGCUGCGAUCAUCUCAUUUCUCUUCCACGACACAUGAGGUAAUUCAGUUCAAUAUCUAAUUCAAUCGUAAAACCAGUUCACCAGCAAAGUUUUGUAUUCACAGGAUACUGUAACAAGUGAGACCAUCAUGCAUCAGUUGGACGAGUCUCAGUUUGACUCGAGAAGGCAGUGAAUUCAGAUAUCGGGGUUGACUCUGAUCACCGUACUAAAUCAACCUAUGACUCUGUGAGACUCAGUUCUGGAGGACAUUGACACUGGCCAACAAAUUCUAGUCAUUGUUGACACGGUGCCGGUAGCGGGCUGUAGCCACUCCAAUGGCCGGGAGGGUAUAUAUUCGAGAGAUAGCCCGUAAAGUUACUGCAAGUCCUCGCCUCCGUGGAAGGAAGACUUAUAUCCCACCUCAUACAGGUUCUCAUCUCCAAUUCAGACUCAUGUCGACUCCUGCUACUUUUGCUACCUCUCAAAACGUCGUGUUCCCCGCCAUCCCUGAGCUCUAUGAUAGCAACUUCCUUGAUCUUCUCGUUCCUCGGCGCGAGGCGGAAGUAAAGGAGGCUGGUCCUGCUGCUCAACCCUCGAACCCAAUGAUGGAAGCUCUAAAAUCUACUACUCAUCGCGUUCGGACCACCAACAAUGCUCCCACCUUCGACUCUACACUUUCAGCCACUCUUGAUGCUUUCAAUAUGCUCAGGCCCCAGUCCCUCGGCUCUCACAUCUAUCGUUACUUGGGGAAAGCAUGGGAGGAGGACCCUGAGUUAACCUUGCGUAUCAUCUGGAACUCGAGGAGUAUCCAUGAUGGAAAAGGCGAGAAGGAAAUUUUUUAUCAGGCGUGGGGUUGGCUCUACAAAAAUCAUCCUCGCACAGCGCUGGAAAACUUGCCACAGCUUGUGAAACCUCUGUGUUCCCUUCACAAGGGCAAGGAUGCAGCUCCUCAUGGUUAUUGGAAGGACUUACUUAACCUUCUCUGUCUUGCCGCGCUGGACCAACUUGGCCCUCUUAACAAGCCCUCAACGUACCUCCACAAUUACAUGCCGGCGACGAGCAGACGUCGGUGGGACAACUAUUCUCGAAAGUCUAAACCCAAGAAGGCGGUGACGGAUCUCCUGGGGAAUAAGGUUGAGAAGGCGAGAGAGGCGACUAAUGAGGCGAAAAAAGCUGAAGCUAGACGAAAGAGGGAGAACGUGAAUUUACGUCUUCACCAGAAUCUCCUGCGUAAACUCUCCGAACCUCGUUUCCGGGCCCUCUACAUCUUGGUAGCUCGUCUCUUUGCUGCGCAGUUGGCUGAAGAUGUGAAACUACUGGAUCGUAUCGAGUCGUUAUCUGCCGGCGAGGAGCGUAACGAACUUAUACGACAGAUCACUCUCGUCAGCAAAUGGGCACCCACUCCAGGUCGUUCACAUGAUCGCCAUACCAACAUCGCCUCCGCUAUAUCUCAGCUUCUCCAACACUCGUAUUCUAUUGGUCCUUCCAGAAUCUCUGUCGUUCCCGGUCAAGAGGUUCCCUCAAUGGAGACGCAUGUCCUGCGUUCGUAUUACCAACGCUGGGUUCUCACCGCUCUUCGCAAAGUCAUCGCCGUUCCGGAACCCCUCAUGUCUGCAAAUCGUUGGAAAGAGAUCAUCUACAGCCGUGUCUCUUCUCAGUGCAUGAAGAACAACAUGACUCGGUUCUAUGAACACGAUCCGGAGGGGUUCGAGAAGUACAUGAUGCGCGUGGAGUCUGGUUCGAGGAAGAUCAGCGGUGCGACCCUUAUGCCUCAUGAGCUCCUAAUAGAUGCGGUUGCCUGUGCCUCAGAUUCGCAGCACGUUCCCAAUCCUGCGCGUCCUACUCUCCGGGAUAUCAAAAAGAAGCAAGCGGAUAUGCAACUCAGAGUCAUUGAAGCACAAUGGAGGACUAUGCUCGAUCGAGUACGGGAGGCCAGGAAGAUGGAGAAUGCCCUAGCGGUUUGCGAUGUUUCGGGUUCUAUGGGACAAAUCUGGCCAGAAUAUAGCUGGAGUGGGAAGUCGGUUUUACCGAUUUACCCCGCUAUUGCGUUGUCGUUGGUUCUCGCUCAGAUUGCCAAACCACCUUUCUCGAAUGCGUUCAUCACCUUCUCCGCCCAUCCUGAGUUCGUUGAGCUCGAUCCGUCCGCGGGACUUGUGGAUGCCUUUAGUAGAAUUCAAAGGGCGGAUUGCGGUAUGAAUACCAACUAUGAGGCUGUCUUCCUAAAGCUUCUGCUUCCCUUGGCGAUCAAGCACAACGUCAAGCAGGAAGAUAUGAUCAAACGUCUCUUCGUCUUUUCCGACAUGCAAUUCGACGAGUCUCAGAAGUCGGACUACUCUAGCUCUAAUCCGGUCGAUUACGCUGAGGGAUGGGACACAAACCACGAUGUGAUCGAGAGAGCUUACAGAGAUGCCGGAUACGAGGUUCCGGAGAUUGUCUAUUGGAACCUUGGAUUCGGAUCGGAGACGAUCCCUGUCCAGCAUGACCGGAAGGGCGUCGCGAUCAUGAACGGGUUUUCCCCUGCGAUGAUGAAGGUCUUCAUGGGUGAGGAAGAGGAAGCAGAGGACGUCGUCAUGGAAGACGAGCAGUGGGAGAAUAUUGGUGCAGAUGGUGAGCCGGAGAUUAAGGAGAAGGAAAAGGAAGAGUUCAAUCCGUUGAACGUGAUGAAAAAGGCUCUUUCAAAGGCUAGCUAUGACGGUUUGGUCGUUGUUGACUAAGUUAUUAUUUUGGACGGACUUGGAUAUGAUACUCACGACUCAUUGUACUUUAGCAUACUCUCUACUCAUGUUGCAUCAUCUUAUACCUCCACUCGCGUACUUUUUGUAUUAACAGUGUAAUGAUACCCUAUUUCUAUGUGUCGUUCCUAGAAUCGAGAUGCGGUCUUCAACAUGACGUAU